AUGACAACUACAAAUUAUUACAAGACAAGUAAUACCUCUAGAAGUGGAUCUACCAAACAAUCACUUUGUGUUGGAGCUACUUCAGGAAUUGGAAAAGGAAUUGCCUUGAAAUUGGCCUCUCAAAAUAUGGAUGUUUCAAUCAUGGGACGAAAUGCACAAGCUGGAAAGGAAAUUAUUGAGGAAAUGAAGAGAAUUUUCCCACAGGGCAAAUUUGAAAUGAUUCCAGUUGAUGCAUCUUCAAUGAAGGACAUUAAGAGAGUUUGUGAGGAAUAUAAGAAGAAUCACAAUCGAUUGGAUUAUCUAGUUCUCUCGCAGGGAAUUUCCAGCAUGGCUGGAAGAACAGAGACAAAAGAAGGAAUUGAUGUCAAACUAGCUCUCCAUUAUUAUGGAAGAGUCAUGUUUGUUAGAGAAUUACAAGAUUUAUUGAGAUCAACUCUAACUAUUUCUUCAGAUGUGAGAGUGUUAACUGUUUUAUCGGCUGGAAUUCAUGGAACCUAUACCAAUUUGAAUGAUCUGGAUUUGAAAGAAGAUUUCUCAUUGAAGAAUGCUGCUGAUGCUGCUGGUUUUUACAAUGACUUGGCCAUGGAUCAAUUGUCCAGAGAGGAAGGAAAUGAAAAUAUUUCAUUCAUUCAUCAAGCUCCAGGAUUUAUAGCCACUCAAUGGGGUCGUGAAUUGCCAACAGCUGUCAGAUGGAUUAUUCGUGCAGUUCAGAAAUUUGCAAGAUCUACAGAACAAUGUGCAGAAUAUUUGUUUAAGGGUUUGACAGAUGAGUUAACCAAGAAGGGCUUCCAUGUUUUAAAUCAAUAUGGUGAACCAACCUCAGUUACCAAGGAUCAUAAUGAAAUGUACAGACAAUAUAUUUGGAAACACACUUUGGAAUUAUUGCAUAAGGCACUUGGAAAAUAAAUCCUUCUACAUCAU